AUGGCUAUUAUUUUGAGAAUUUGGAUGAGUGCUGUUGCUUAUCUUGCUAGUUAUUUGUCUCGUGCAAAUUUUCUGUCAGCUCCUUUGGUUGCUGGCAUGUUGAGAAGGCUGGUAGAUUGGUCUUUGGAAUAUUGCAAAACGAAAGGUGGUGAAAUGAACCCAACAUCCCAUAGACUUUUCUACUCUGCAUGCCAGGCGAUCAUGUAUGUGCUCUGCUUCCGAAUGAAAUCAAUGAUGGAUGUUGCUUGGUCCAAAUUACAUCUUCUCUUAAUAGAGCCAAUCUUGAAUCAUAAAUUGAGCCCAUUGAAGGUUUGUCUGCCUUCCAUUAUAGAUGAAUUUUGCCGACAAGCAGAAGCAGCUUGUCUAUUCACCUCAUCUGAGGAAUUUGUUUUUAACUACUCACUGGAGUCAGAACAUUCAAGGGCUUUCGGUGGGGUGGAAAGGCUUGACAUGUUCUUCCCAUUUGACCCAUGUUUGCUGAGAAAAUGUGACAGAUACAUCCGGCGACAUUUCGUGUAUUGGUCAAUGGUCAGACCUCCAUAUGAUGAUGAUGACGAAGGUAGUAUUGAUGAAGAUGUUGCUGAGCAAGAGCUUGAUCUGGAUGUGAGCAAGAUGUCCAUAACACCCAGGAAUUCGAUGGCUUAUUGGAUGCAGGAUAGAUUAGAGGAGCCAAGAGGAAUGCCUGCAAGAAUCAGACCCUCGACAAGUCCAGAGUCUUUGUGAUAUCGAAGUACUUUUCUCUCUCUCUCUCUCUCUCUCUCUGCUGGAAAUCGGAAGAUACGAACGAAAUCUACCUUGUGCUAGAAACAAG